CACACCGGACAAGAGCCGCUAAACAGGGUCGAGAUGACCAUGUCGCAGCUGGAUGUCGACGGUUUUCCAAUUUCGUGGAAAGAUCCACAGGAUGCAGACACAGUAUCCAUGUUUGAUGUGAUUUACGGCAAAGUGAGAGAGAAGAUCAUCCUGCAGCGGCUGAUAAUGAUUUCUCGGCUCCCCCACGACCUUGCUGAUAGGACAGACCUGGGAGCUCAUUAUGAAAAUCUCAACUUUCAGCUGAACAAACAGUACAUAUGGGAUCACAUAACAGGCCUGCUGCUGAUUUAUCCAUCCUACCUGCUGCACAUCAUUGAAUCGUCCAGGGAUAUUCUGACUUCUGUUUUGAGAGACGUCAAAGUCAUGCAACAACAGCCACACCGCACCUUGCUGGAAGUAAAGAUUGUGUUUUUGGAUCACAACCCUCAAAGAAGGCUGUUCCAGCAGUGGAGCUACAAGGUGCUGGGUGCAGAUCAGGUGAUCAGGGAUCCCGCAGUUAAGGUACUGGAGGAUGAAGAUGUCAGCAUAGAGACCCUUGUAUGCAGCGUCCUGUCAACGCUGCAAAAUCUGAGCAAAAAGCUUGAAAAAUCUAAGGCUCUUCCUGGGUCAGUGUUGGAUGAGACACCGCAGCUGAUCGUCCAUCAGAAAAUUCUGGAAAGGCUUUUGGGUCGAGAGGAACUCCUGAGCCUGCAGCAGUACCUAGAUAUGUACAAAUCCACCUUAAACAUCAGUAUUGAGUUUGGACAGCUGAAUCCAAGAAACCUUUUCUCCGCUGUUUAACCCCUGAACAAAAUGUCAAAGGCCAACUGUUUCCUGACUGACUGUUUCCCUGUAGUGAUUUUGGUUCCUACACUGAAAAUAUUUGCUGCACUUACUGUUCACUUAUUCUAGUGAUACUUGUGGUCGUCAGACAUCCUCUGCCUUUCCUGUCUUUUAUGAUAAAUAGUACGUGUCCAAAAGAUCCAUUCACUCUUUGCUUCCCCUUUAUUGUCUGUGUACCUAGCCAUGUAUUGCAAUCUAAUAGUGUGGCAUUGUUUUCCCAUUCUAAAAUAAAGACAUAUUCAAAAAAUA